AUGGUCAACUCCCGAUGUGGAUCCGUCUGCUCUGACCAGGGCUGUGGCCAGGAGACCUGCUGCCGCCCCAGCUGCUGCCAGACCACCUGCUGCCAGACCACCUGCUGCCGCCCCACCUGCUGUGUGUCCAGCUGCUGCCGCCCCUCUUGCUGUGGCUCCAGCUGCUGUGGCUCCAGCUGCUGCAGACCUACCUGUGGCAUCUCUAGCUGCUGCCGCCCCACCUGUGGCAUCUCUAGCUGCUGCCGCCCCACCUGCUGCCAGACCACCUGCUGCCGCCCCACCUGCUGUGUGUCUAGCUGCUGCCGCCCCUCUUGCUGUGGCUCCAGCUGCUGUGGCUCCAGCUGCUGCAGGCCCACGUGUGGCAUCUCUAGCUGCUGCCGCCCCACCUGCUGUGUGUCUAGCUGUUGCCGCCCCUCUUGCUGCGGCUCCAGCUGCUGCAGGCCCACCUGUGGCAUCUCUAGCUGCUGCCGCCCCACCUGCUGUCAGACCACCUGCUGCCAGACCACCUGCUGCCGCCCAGUCUGUUCUAGUGGUUCCUGCUGCUGAGUGCCCUGACCUGCACCCACCUGGUUUUCAUCAACCCAUCUUCUUAAUGUCAUCCAGCUGACAUGAGUCAUGAGAGGCCAAUUGUAAAACCUCAGGUCUGACUGAUUCUUAAGCUGAUUUUGGCUUCUAAAUAUACUGCCCCCCCCCCCCACCAUGUUACUCUCUCCUUCUUACAUGAAAAAAAAAGUUUGAAUUUUCUCUGAAGUUCUUCAAUCAACAUGUUAUUCCAAUUGACAUAUUUCUUCCCUGUCAGAUUUUGUCAUAGGAGAUGUUCCUAUAUCUUAAAUAAAUCUCAAUUUUCCAGGCAUGCAAAUACAAGAGCAUGGUGUCUCGUUUUUCCUUCUGGAACCCUCAUCCUUAUCUGUCCAUUGUUCUGCUGUUCUCUGUGGAGAGCAGAGUUUAGUAGGAGAUUUCAGGAUUUCUCACUCUAUUCCCACAUCAUCCUCAUGUUAUUGUAGAGAGAGGGCUCCCCCCAGCAGGCACCUGUACCUCCCUGCCUGAGCACUCUCUUUGCAUCAGGGAGCAGGCUCUGGGCAGCCCACGGUCGGAGUUAAUGUCUCAGGAGCACUGCCCAGCCAGUGGACGGGAAGCUCUGGUCAACGCCGUAGCUUCCUUUCCUCCAGGGGCGGAGUGCUCUUCCAGUUGCCGGAGGUCCGCAGUGGGAUUGAACCCCAGCUGUCUGUAGGAGUAACAUGCUCAUUAAAUCACUUACACUGCGGAUCGAGAAUCCAGACACAGCUCCGAGGGCCUCUCUAGUUCAUCAUCUUUUCACAACGCUGAAAUCAAGGCAUUAGCGUGCACUGGCAUCUUCUCUGAAGUCUUGACUGAGGGAGAAUCCAACUCCAAGUUCACUCACGUGGUUGUUGACAGGAUUCAGUUCCUUGAGGGCCUUUAGAGUCACAGCCUCAGUUCCUUGCUGCUGUCACAUGGAGACUAUUCUCCGUGCUUUGCCACAUAGGUGUGUAUCUCUGCCACACACAUGUGUACAGAGAUACACACAGCUGCUUACUUCAUCAAAGCCAGUGAGGGAGAGAGAAAGCUGGCUAACAAGAAGCAAGUCACA